CGCAAGAUGGCCGCCACCCAAAAUGGACUCAUUCAGUUUUUUAAUUUUUUAGCAAAAAUUUGAUACAUUUCGGUAAAUUUGCAACAGUGGGGCUAUCACAGUGCCCGUGUGCGUGUUUUGGUGCGGACGCAGCCCCAGGACUUCGCCCCCCUUGGACCACACACGAGCUAAGGUUAAAUGAGCGAUUGAGUGAUAAGGGGGUGAUAAGACAACGAAAAUGCCCGUUUUAUCGCCGAGACAGAGCAGUGCUUCGGCACUGACGGGCUCCUACAGGUCCACGUUCAGUUCCUCGACCAUUGACAGGCCCUACUUUGGGGCCAAUUACAGCCCCCGGAUCACCACCUUCAGCGAGAGGUACACCACCAGGACCUACUCGGACUCGGACGGAAGGAGGAUUUUUUCGAGGUCUGGCAGCAUAACCGAAGACGGCAUAACCAGCCGUUUCCGCGAAGAAGGCCGUGAAUCGAGCAUCGCCCGUCGCGAAUCCCUCUCGCGCGAUUCGGGCAUAAGUUCAAUUCGCGAAAAUUCAAUCGUUGAUUUCGGCCGUCGUGACAGUUCCCUGUCCCGGGACAGCCCCCGUUUAUCCUCGAUCAACGUUCUCGAUUCGGUCGCCGAACUUCGCAACAAAUACUCACCGGCCAACUACGUUCCUGCAUGUCUUCGCGAACGCAAUAACGAGAACAUCUCACGUUCGAAAUCCAUAAACGACAUCGGCUUACCGCCGAUUGAAACAACAAAACUCGCCAAAAAGAAGGUAAUUAAUGACAGUUUGAAUUACAAUAACAGCGUGUUGUCCAAUUCUAACACACCUACUAACAACGACAACAACAUGACCAAAGUGGAAGAGGACGAUAAUGGGAAUCGGGCCUCGGUGGCCGAUUUGCGCAAAAGAUUCGACGAGAAAAAUACAAAAACUACAAAGUCUCCGCUGGUUAAAGAUUUGGAAGAAACUAGCUUUAAAAUCGCCGAGAAUCGGUUCAAAAAAUUCGAUUCUAAAGUUAAAACUUUAAAAAAAAAUAACGAUGGUGGGCCUAAAUCAAGUGGGCGCCAAUUGGAUGUGACAAGUCAAACGUCAAGUUCUGAUUGUAUUAUUAAUGUAUCGAAAUUGGAUGUGAACGAGACUGCGGCGGUAAAGAAUGGAAUUCGGACGCACGAAGAUGAUGGGGAUUGUAACGAAGUGAGAAAAACGACAAGGGUUAAUAAUUUUGCGUCGUAUAUUCCGGCGAAAGAUUAUCAAAAAAACGGAGACGAUUCUUUAAACGGGGACACGGAGCAAGGGGACGAAAGCACGACGGAUUUGAUAGGGAAGAGGUUUACAGAUAUCUCGACAUCGCCGAAACUCAGCGCCACCUCGACCCGUUCGGCAAUCUCCCCCUCCACCUCGACCGUAAACUCCUCGAGUUCGACGAGUCCAUCGCGUCGUUCCUCCUACAACGAUGACAUCACCACAACGGCAACAACGAGUCCAAUAAAAACGCAAGGCCUCAACGGACUCAAAAACAUCGGCAACACUUGUUUCAUGAAUUCCGUCAUUCAGUGCCUCUCGAACACGAAAACCCUCUUGGAGUACCUCCUCCAGGACCACUACGUCAACGACAUCAACACCACCACCUCAGCAAUGAAGGGUUCCCUCAUUAAGGCCUUUGCCGAAGUCAUCAAAAAAUUAUGGUCGCAAGACGCCUCCGAUCGUGUCGUAAAUACGUCCAGUCUCAAGAGUCAAAUACAGCGUUUUGCGCCCAGAUUUAUCGGUUAUGCACAACAGGACGCUCAGGAGUUUUUACGGUAUUUGCUGGAGGGGUUGCAUGAGGAUGUUAAUCGGGUCAAAGAAAAGCCCAAACCGAUCAUCACCGAAAUUGACGAGAAAUUGACGGAUAGUGAAAAGUCGGCCGAGUCCUGGAAUCGUUACUUGCGAAUGGAUAAUUCGAAAAUUGUUGAUUAUUUUGUCGGACAGUUAAAAUCAACGUUGAAAUGUACACAUUGUGGCCACUGUUCGGUCACUUUUGAUCCUUUUUGGGAUUUGUCUUUGCCGAUACCGCAGAGGGCUGGGCAAGUUAGGUUGGCACAAUGUUUGGAUUCUUUCACGAGGGAGGAAACAUUGGAUGGGGACGAAAAACCAACAUGUUCCAAAUGCAAGGAGCGUAGGAAAUGCACCAAGUCGUUUACUAUUCAGAAAUUUCCCAAGAUUUUAGUGAUACAUUUGAAACGAUUUUCACUAGCUGAAAGAUUUCGCGGCAAGUUGAGUGUGACCGUUGAUUUUCCCUUAGAAGGCUUAGAUAUGAGCAAUUACGCGGCCGAUAACAUCACUCCCUGUCGUUACAACUUGUAUGCCAUUUCAAACCACAGUGGAACUACGUACAGUGGUCAUUACACGGCCUACUGUAGACAUCCCUACACUAAAGCCUGGCAUGAAUAUAACGAUUCUAGGGUUUCGUCGAUUUCUUCAAAAGCGAUCGUUAGUGGCGAAGCCUACGUUCUUUUCUACGAACAAGAGGGGCAAAAGUCGCAUCUAUGAAAUAGUUAUUUAACCCCAAUUUUAAUUAAUUCCCUCGCCCCCUUUAUAUUAUUAUUUACUUUACAUUUUCGUGAGAACAAAAUCUACAAAUUGUUUUUUCUAUUAUUAAUUUAUUGUAUGUAUUAAACGUGUGAUUUAUUUAUUAAUGGAAGUGUGAGAAACGGUUAAUCUAGUCUGACUUUUCCAAUUUUUUUUGUUUUGUUUUGUUUAUAAAUUGUUAGUCAGAGCGUACUUAUGAGUUGUUACGUACCGAGAGGGAUUUUUUAUGUCAUUAGAUCACCGAUUUGUUCUACCUCUGAUGCAAAGCUUUUUGUAGAGUAGAAUUUCUAAGUCGUUACCAAAUAGUGAAAAUCAGGCACUUGUAUAAAGAAAGUCAAGUACUCGGAGAAGCUUUAUAAAUUGUUCAAAGCACUAACUUAAUAAACUGUUUGCAAAA